CCAGACAAAAGCCGGGCAGCAGCAUUAGUGUCUCGUAUAACAUCAUUGAAUAUUCUGGCACAGAAAGUACUGCAUACUUUACCAGUACACAUUAAAGUUUACCAGCAGCAUAGUAACAGAUCAACACAGCGCUGUUAGCAGUGCAUCAAAAGUCCUCUAAAAAUGUCCUCAGAAAUUUAUGCCAAACCAGAUUUAUCAAAGAAAGUGAGAUAUAUCAGGGAUGUGCAGGAGGACAAAAUAGACUGGGAGGAAAGAGAGGUGGAUAUCUACGAGAGUACGGACACUAUCGGAGAUGAUCACGCCGAUAUUCAGUCACACAAAGAAGGACUGCACACUGAGAAGCACCCUCCGACCGUCCAAAGGAGGACUUUCAGGAUUGCUGCAUACUGUUUUGGAGUGCUGUGCUUUCUGAUGAUAACUGGAAUCAUCCUCUCAUCCAUACUACUCACUUUGGGACAUCAUCAUCUGCAGAGCAGGUAUGAGGAACUGAGUAGCAACUACAGCUGGCUCCACAAACUAAUGUCAAACUUAACAUUCAACUAUACUAAGUUACAAAACAGUUACCAAACACUGAGCAGAAAUCAGUGCAAGUUACAGGAUGAAGUGAAGCAGCUGAACGACACAAUUAAAGGUAAAUGGUGUCCUGAUGGAUGGAGGAGAUUUGGGUGCAGUUGUUACUUUAAAUCUGAUGAGAAGGAAAGUUGGGAAGGAAGCAGAGAUUACUGUCGGCAGAGAGGAGCAGAUCUGGUGGUUAUAGACAGCAAAGAGGAACAGAAGUUUGUCACUGAGCUGAGUGUGGACGGAGAGUCCUGGAUUGGACUACAACACAGAGGCAGUGGUUAUAAAUGGGAAUGGGUGGACACAUCACCUCUGACAGACAUAUUCUGGGAACAAGGACUGCCAGAAAAUUACGACUACAGGACGGCUGCAACAUGCUGCAACCAACAAGAACAAUGGAGACAAAACUUCUAUUAUAAUAAGAAGAACUGGAUCUGUGAGAAAAAGAUGUUUUGUGGUCUGUGAUGAAUGUGGGUGGUGUUGGAACAGCUUUGCCAAAUCAGACCAAUUUUCAUUUACAUUUGUUGAAGUGUUUUUUUCUGUUACAUGCUGAAUAACCUGGAUCACAGAGAUGUUGCUCCUCUGCCCUUCAUACUGCAAAAACUACAAGUCAUCCAUACAUCUACAUUUGUUUUUAUUCUGUAGUCCUGCAGGAAUUAUUACAAUAACAGUUAAUAAAAAGAUGGAAACGCAGGUUAUCUUUACUUUGGUUCACGUAGUUGAUGAAUAUAUUUGUAUGUGUUGAGUGAAGGUUGUUCCUGUUUCCUUUGAUACAUCUCGCUUCAUGUCAUUAACCCACAUUAAAUACUGGCUUUGACUUUAAUAAAUAUUUUUAUCUCAUA